AUGUCCGUCACUACCCCAGGGGGUUCCCCACAGGCUUUUAGCCUCCAAACCGGGGGAAUUUCCGGAAAUCGCCACGAGGUAGGUCAACGUGACCCCGUCCCCCAAGUUCGGAUGUUCCCCGAGCACCUUGGGGUUUGUCUCCCUCUCGGCCUCUCCAUCUCCAUACUUACUGUUUUAGUGCCUAGUGUAAUAAAUAAUACCCAUAGACUUUGGUACAAAGACCCUUGUCUCAAGAGAAACAUUACAGAAUGUUUGGGACUGUGUCUUGUUAUAUUCUACCUUGGUUACGAUGCAAGCCUUCUCAAUAGCCUCCAAGCCAUAACCGCAUGGCAGGAAUUCCUCGAUUACCCCAGAGGCCCAGUCCUGGGGCUAUACACCGCAAUCUUGUAUCUCCCAUCGAUCUUGACUGCGUAUUUGGGUGACUUUGUGUCCCAGAACUACGGACGGAGGCUUGCCCUGGCCUUGGGAUCUUGUCUUGUCUUGGUUGGCAGCUUCAUAAAUGCCCUUGCAGUAAACCCUGGGAUGUGGAUUGCUGGGCGGACCAUCAUGGGAGCCGGUGGAGGAAUUGCCAAGGUCGCAGCCCCAGCGCUCAUCCAAGAAGUUGCCCAUCCUCGAUUGAGACCGAUGCUCGCUUCUUGCUACUACCCGUUCUUCUACUUUGGUUCUCUUCUUUCGGCGCUACUAUGCUUUGCCGGCCUAUAUAUUCCUGGCGGCUGGUCGUGGAGGAUGCCGUCAAUGAUUCAAGUUCUGGGACCUUCUCUAGUCCUCGCUACCCUGAUCAGCUGCCCUGAAUCUCCCCGAUGGCUCGUCUAUAAAAACAGGCUGGCUGAGGCAUGCGACGUGCUGAGCAAGCAUCAUGCCAAUGGCGUAGCUGAUGAUCCUCUCGUCCAAUGGGAGCUAGCUGAAAUUCAAGCCGCAAUCGAAGAAGAGCGCUUCCGCAGUCAGCCAUCGUAUUUGAGCUUCUUCAGGACGGUUGGAAACCGCAAACGUCUUGUUGUUAUCCUAUCCCUGUGCAUAGGGUCGAAUUGGGUUGGUAAUGGUAUAAUAUCCUACUAUCUUACACCAGUACUUCGUUCUGUUGGUAUUACGUCCCCGUUGCAAAUUAUGCUCCUGACAUCCGGUCUCGCGAUCUGGAACCUCAUCUUGGCAUUCGGUGCUGCACUCAACGUAGAGCGUUUUGGUCGUCGUCCACUGUUUCUUGUGUCCAUUACUGGUAUGCUUAUAUGCUACUGCUUGGUAAUGGGAUUCUCAGCUGGCUUCUCCUAUACUAAAAAGGCCAGCCUGGGGAUUGCCGUAAUUCCCUCCUUAUUCCUGUAUUACGGCUUCUACGACAUCGCCUGGACGCCUCUGCCAGUCCCAUAUACAGCUGAGAUUCUACCUUUCGAGUUGCGUACUAAGGGGCUCGCUAUCUUUACUUCUGUUGGAACCAUGGCCAACGCCUUUAAUCAAUUUGUGAACCCAAUUGCUUUACAGGCCAUCUCAUGGAAAUAUUACGCAGUCUACAUUGUGAUUCUAUUCUUCUACUUGGCCUUUGCGUAUUUUAUGUACCCGGAAACUAAGCACCGUACCAUUGAAGAGGUCUCGAUGAUCUUCGAUGUUCGAAAUGCUGACCAUGAACUCCAUCAGCUCGCAGACCAGAAGAUUGACAAAAAGACCACACAAACAUUCGAGCAUCAUGAAGGGAGAUAA